GCCAGUGCGCAUGCGCGUUGCUAACUCUCCGCUAAUCCGCUGUUUGGGAGAGAGAGAUUGCAUCCGCGUUCACUUGCUCCCCUAUGGCGUGGGAUAAAAUCACGUCGCGUGAUAAAUAUAAGGAGACGAGACGUUUAUGCAACGGGGGAGCACCCAAGUGGAGCCGUUUAAGAGAGGCAGCGUGGGCUGGAGGAGAACCUCGAAGAAGCGACGUGCAGCGAGAGACCGGAGCGAUGAAUGUCUUCUUUUUAAAAGACCUUGCCGUCUACAACACCACGGGAGCCUUGAAUUAGCACCUAAAUGCAUAUUGGAAGGAGAUUCGAGGUGAAAUUGUGUAGGAUUAGACUUCCCGGAUACUGUUUUUUUUUGUGUGUGUCACGCUUUCUCCGGGCUGCGUGUUGCGUUCAGGGGCAACACGCUCCCCGGACUCUUCUUACUGUACAGUACCACCAAGACCUCUUUAAAACUACCCGGCUAAUUAGGAAUCACGUGACAGCCAAGCUGCACGAUGCAAUGACGGCAUCAAUAAACCAUCCACUUUUUUUUUUUCACUGGUACUAGUUGCUCAUAAUGCCCUUAAGCCAUGUAUUUUUGUAAUGCACUUGCAUGCCAGUCCUGUGACAAGUUGACCAACUUGUUUGUGAGAAACUCCGGGUUGAAUAUACAUUUCGGUGGCGUUUUAUUUUUUGCCACAUUAUUUUUUCAUUAGCAGCCCAUUUCCUCUUUAUGUACUCAAGAGGUCCAACUUUAAACCCAAGGCGUGGGAAAACCUUAUCCCCAUGAGCCAAUGGAUGCUAUGCAGCUGUGGCGUUCGAGUGCUUCCCUUCCAGUCCAGCUGUUAGCCAGACCGCAUAUCUGAAAGAUGAGAUUUCGAGGAGUUGGCGUCAUGCUUGUAAUUUUGCCCUCCCCAGGAAAUGCAGCACAUUGAUUUUCUCUUACUGGACGUAAGUCAAGCUGCAUGCUGUUUAUUGAUUGUUUGCAACUGCCUUCACGGACUAUGAGGCGAUUGUUGAUGGCCUCGGUGAACCCUAUGUUUUUUUUCCAAAGAAGGUUUUGUCAGUGAAAGUGUCAUAGUUCUCCGGAAGGAAAGCAUGAGCCUGCACAAACUGGAGAGGCGUGUUCGAAAGUAUGUAGGAGGACUUAAGAGCGGCACUGUGGAGAAAAGCCUGAAGUCAACAAGACAGGCAAUUGGGAACUAUCACACUUAACUUCUUGAAUGGAGUAAAAACUCCCAUGAACUGUGACAAGCUGAACGGGGAGUUAAUCUAAGCUGGUUCCAACAAUCCAGUCUUGCUUCCUAUCACCGGUGGUGAUGGGGAGCUCGGCCUCAUCCCUCACUGCGGAGACUGAGUCAGACCAUGGUUUCCGCAGCAACCCUUACCCGCCGUCGCCCCCGGUGGGCUGGCUCAGGACCAGCCACAGCAGCCCGGUGUGGGGCACCAACUUUAUCACACGGCAGCAGCAGCAGCAACCUGCGCUGCCUCAUCGAGAGCGCAGCCACUCUCACUCUCCUGGCUCCAUGGCAGCUGCGGUGCGAGGCAGCGAGUGGUCAUGUGGACGCUGCACCUUCCUAAAUGUGGGCGGAGCACCCCGCUGUUCCAUCUGUGAGGCCCCGCGCCAGAAACCCGAUCUCAACCAGAUCCUUCGCCUGAGCAGCAGCGAGGAGCACCGCUGGGCUUGCCCCCGCUGUACCCUCAACAAUCCUCAGGGAUCGAGAGCCUGCACCGUCUGCGGGUUCGGACCGUCCACUACCACACCUGCACCUGCCAUCACGACCGUCGCUGCCACUUCAAACGGUCUCCCCCCUGUUCCUACGGAAGCCUUGACGCCAACCGUCAAGCCCACGGUGCUUUCAGAACCGCAAGGACAGGUUCCGUUGAAAGAGGACAUGUUGAGACACUCUGAGAGUAAUGGAGAGGUGGUUAGUUCAAACAUGCAGCAUCUGGGAUGGGCUUGCCCUCGCUGCACACUUCUCAACACACCUGUUGCACUGUCCUGUUCAGCCUGUGGUGGACCCAGGAAACUUUCUCUACCUAAAAUCCCCCCUGAGGCACUGGUGGUGCCUGAGGUUCGCACGGCUGUACUGGGGUUCCCGGUGGGGUCAGCCGGGACCGCCCCUCUACUAAUAGACUUAACAGAUGAUUCCCCUCCACCUCCUCCAUGUGACACCCAAGAACCUCCCCAUGUGUCCUCACAGCCCCUCUCUUCUGCUUUUAGUGCUUUCUCCUCCCUCCAGAACAACCCUGUGCCACGAAGUAGGAGAGAAGUGCCUCCAACAGGGCGGCCACCAAACCCAGGUAAUAACACGCCAAGUCCCACCUCUCCAUCAAGCACGGGUGUGCCCCCACAGCCUGGUCCACAGCGUUCUUCCAAACCCAAACAUGCCCAACCGCAAGAACCCUCCUACCCCAGCAAGCGCCUCAGUAUCUUGGAAGAAGACGAAACGGUCCCCAUCUGGAAGUGCCCAGGCUGCUCUUUGGCUAACCCAAAUGGGUUGUCCAAGUGUGAGACCUGCCGAUCAUCACGGGCUGGUGCUGACCUGAUCGAUUUGGGUUGCGAGACCGUACGCUUCACACCGGCCAGCCCCUCUAGCCCAGACUUCAGCACCUGGGCCUGCUCUAAAUGCACUUUGCGCAAUCCCACAGGCGUUCCUAAAUGCUCAGCCUGCGGUUCGUCCAAACUGCACGGUUUUCAGGAGCAGCAGGCACUCCUACCCCGCUGCUGUUCACACUGCGGCCAGGUCCCAUCUGGGUCUGGCACAGCGUGCUCCUGCAAUCCCUCGUCAGUUGCAUCUUCAUCGGGUCAUAAAACACGGAAGCAGGGCAGAGGUUUCCCCUCCUCGUCUGCGGCUUCUUCUAGUUCCUCCUUGGAGAGGACAAAGCAGUGGAGUUGCCCAGCGUGCACGCUACUCAAUGACAUCAAGGCCAAGAACUGCGCAGCGUGCCACACACCGCAGCAGUACCUCACCCUUCGCAAGGUGGUCAAGCCUCUGAAGAGGAGGGAAAGCAUGCACGUGGAGGCCCGUCGGCGAAAUGACGAGGGUGAAGCCAAGGAGCUUUGGGAAAACAUUGUCAGCUUCUGCAGAGAGAACACGGUGAACUUUGUGGAUGACAGCUUCCCCCCAGGCCCUCGGUCCGUAGGCUUCCCUGAGGGGGACAGCGUCCAGCAGCGAAUCAAGAAGUGGCUCCGCCCCCAUGAGAUCAAAUGCAGCAACUUCAAAGACCGAGGCGUCAAGUGGUCCGUUUUCCGCACGCCACGACCCUCUGACAUCCUCCAAGGGCUGCUGGGAAACUGCUGGUUCCUCAGUGCUCUUGCGGUGCUGGCCGAGCGUCCCGAGUUGGUGGAAAGGGUAAUGAUUACAAGGACCAUCUGCACGGAGGGAGCCUACCAAGUUCGCUUAUGCAAAGAUGGGACGUGGACGACGGUGCUGGUGGAUGACAUGCUCCCCUGCGACGACUACGGCUUCCUCCUAUUCUCCCAGGCCCAAAGAAGGCAGCUGUGGGUGGCGCUCAUUGAGAAAGCCCUAGCCAAGCUCCACGGCUCCUACUUUGCCUUGCAAGCAGGGCGUGCCAUCGAGGGCUUGGCCACACUGACGGGGGCUCCGUGCGACUCCCUGAUGCUGCAGGUCAGCUCCACCAACCCACGGGAGGAGCCCAUCGAUACGGAUUUGAUCUGGGCCAAGAUGCUGAGCUCUAAGGAAGCCGGGUUUCUGAUGGGCGCCUCGUGCGGAGGAGGCAACAUGAAGGUGGAUGACGCCGUCUAUGAAUCGCUGGGAUUGCGACCUCGCCAUGCCUACUCCAUCUUGGAUGUACGAGAUGUUCAAGGAUACAGGUUGCUUCGCCUCCGUAACCCGUGGGGUCGAUUCUCGUGGAACGGCAGCUGGUCAGACGAGUGGACGGACUGGCCUCAGCACCUUCGUCAUGAGCUGAUGGCCCACGGGAGCAGCGAAGGGGUCUUCUGGAUGGAGUACACCGAUUUCAUCAAGUACUUUGAUUCUGUGGAUAUCUGUAAGAUCCACUCCGACUGGCAGGAGGUGCGGCUUCAGGGAUGCUUCCCGAGCAAGGCCAGCGGUCCCGUCACUGUCACGGCCCUCACUGUGCUGGAGAGGACGGCGUUGGAGUUUGCUCUCUUCCAGGAGGGAAGCAGGCGCUCUGACACAGCCGACAGUCACCUGCUGGACCUGUGCAUCAUGGUGUUUCGCGCCUCCUUCGGGAGUAACAACAAGCUGACCUUGGGCCGCCUGCUGGCGCACAGCAAGCGAGCAGUGAAGAAGUUCGUCGGCUGCGAUGUGAUGUUGGAGCCUGGCGAGUACGCCGUGGUGUGCUGCGCCUUUAACCACUGGCAGAUGAACGUCAGUGGGUCAGGAGGUCCACCCACACCUAUCUCCAGUCCAACCAGUGGAGCCCAGCGACGGCCCAUUCAGGACUUCCCGGGGUACAUCCUGGCUAUUUACAGUUCGAGGCAGGUGAUGGUGGAGCAGGUGGAGGCAACCCCCACCACGCUGGCUGACGCUAUCAUCCUGCUGACGGAAAACAAAGGCGAAAGACACGAGGGCCGCGAGGGCAUGACGUGCUACUAUUUGACGCACGGCUGGGCGGGGCUCAUCGUGGUAGUGGAAAAUCGCCACCCCAAGUACUACCUCCACGUCUCCUGUGACUGCACAGACAGCUUCAAUGUGGUGUCGACGCGCGGCAGCCUCAAGACCAUCGACAGCGUACCUCCUUUACACCGGCAAGUCCUGGUGGUGCUCUCCCAACUGGAAGGUAACGCCGGCUUCUCCAUCACGCACCGGCUGGCUCACCGCAAGGCACCGCAGGCGUCUCUGGGCGACUGGACGCCGACCAAAGCCACCCACAGCCCACAGCUCACCCCGGACAUCGACGGGCUGCACCGACCCCGGCCGCUAUGACCACCGGCUGACCGUCACACCACUGGAACACUGGGCAGGGGACAUGUGGAGAAGGGCACGCGUCUGAAUGUAUUCAUCAACACUGAAGCGCUCGUCCAAGUGGCGAUGAAGGAGGAACUCGCUCAGCCUCCAGCUCCGGCUUGAAAGUGUGGACAGCUUCGAAGCAAGCGCUGUAACUUGGAUUCCCAAAAAGUCAGGGUGGAGUGCUGUAACUACUGAGCCAUUGUCCAAGACCUCCUCCUCAAUCCUCCGGCCACUCGGAACACCGGGAAACAGCAACCCGACCCAACAGUACGGUACCAAUCGAGCCAAUUUUUUUUUAAUUUGACAAUGCAGGUACAGCACCAGUCUUACAUGUUUCAUCCUCAUAUGUGUUAUUGUUGAGCAGGUUUUAGAAGAAGCCAUUUUCUAACUUCCAUCUUCAUUCUCUUAUCUCAGGACCAAAAGGUGUCAUUUUAAGGCUUGUUUUCUUCCAAAAGAAAAUCUAUACAAACAUGUUUAAUGUAUUGCCAUCGCAGUGACAUGUACUGUGCAUCAUUACAACAAACAUACAUCCAAAGGCUUUUGAGAUAUCACAGUUUUUUGUGAGCCGAUUAAAAACCGGCCCACGACUCAUUUUGGGACCAGACGUUCCGUUUGGAAAUGGUGAUCUCAAAAUAUUCAUAGCCAGUAGAAGUUCUAAAUAAUGUUUGCUCACUGUAAUUCUUUUUUAAGCCAUUUUUAUACACUCUGGGGACAAAAGUGUUGGGACAUUUCAACUACUGCAAGUAAAAAUCUCAAAAUAUGGACAAAUUCCAACUCGGGGCUGUUUUAAUUUUAAGGAUCUGUUUCCGUAAAGUUAAUUUGAAGCAAAUUUAGACAUUUCCCUUCAUUUUGGUUAAUUUUAUUUGAAUUUUAUUAACCCACUUAUUUUUGUAUCCUUUGCAAAUUUUUAUAUUUUCUUUCAGUGAUAAAUUUUUGUUAACAAUCUUUGCAUUUGGGUUCAUUCAAGCAAGUUUAGACGUUUCCCUUCAUUUGAGUUAAAUUACUCAAAUGUUGACAUUCAUGCCAAUUUUAGACAUGUAGCAAAUGUUGACAUUUUCUUUAACUGGGAUACUACCAAAAAAAUUAUCAUUUCCCUUAAUCAGGACAUUUGGAGCUAAUUCUGACAAAUGUUUCUUCAUCGAGAAGUAUGGAGCAAAUAUUUGACAUAGCCCUUCUUUUGGGUCAUUUGGAACUAAUUUUUCAUUUCUCUUUAAGUUUAGACAUGUUUUAGCUAGUUUAAUAUUUUCUUUCAUACAGAUAUUUGGCAUACAUUUGACUUUUUUCCUCCAUUUGAUCCAAAUUUUGACAUUUUUAUUCAUUAGGCAUAUAUUUGACAUUUUCCUUCAUUUGGACCACAUUUUGACAUUUUCCAUCAUAGUUUUCAACAUCCCAUCACUUGGGUCAUUUGAAACAUAUUGUUAAAUGUUCAUAUUAGUAGUUUUAACAUUUCCCUCCAUAAAUAAAUUUGGCAUGAGUUUUGGCAUUUUCUUUAAAUUUCGACAUAUUCCUUCAUACAGACGUAUGGCGUAAAUGUUUACGUUUUCCUUCGUAGAGAAGUUUGGAGCAGAUCUUUGCCAUCUUUUGAGUUAUUUGGAGCAAUAUUUUUUAAUGUCAAUUUUUAGUAGUUUAAACAUUUUUCUUUAUACUUGGCACACAUUUUUUUUCCGGGACAUUUUUUACACAUUUUGACAUUUCCUCACCUGAAGUUUGGAGCAAAUGUCAAUUUGAGUUAUUUGGAGCAAACAAAAUAUUCCCUUUUUAGACAUUUAGUUGUUUGGUUCGUGGAGAAAGAAGGUUGGCACAAAUUUGGACAUUUUCCAUCAUUUGAAUGAAUAUUUGACCUUGCCCUUUAUUUGGAUAAUUUUACUAGAUUUUGAGCUUAGCAAUCAUUGGGACAUUUUCCUUCAUAUAGCACAAAUGUUGACAUUUUCCCUCAAUAUGAUAAUUGAUUUAAAUUUCAACUUUUCCCCCCAUUUUUGACAUUUUCCUAAAAUUUGAACAACCCCCCUAAUUUGGGGCAUUUACUUCAUGUUUUAAGAUUUGUUUUGCAUAUAUUGGCGUUUCCCUUAUUGUGACUUGUUUAUAUGCUGUAACAGCCACGGUAACAAUACACCCAAUGCACAAAAAUCAUCAACAAAGAUACUCCAUAUAGAGCCGACCUGGGCAAAUUAAGGCUCGGGGGCCGCAUGCGGCCCGUUAAGUUUUCAAUCUGGCCUGCCGGACAUUCACAAAUAAUUGUUUUAGAUCUUUAAGAUGGAAACUGUAGCUGCCAUUAUGAUGUGCAGUGAUGUUUUCAAAUUACUGUAAGUCUUAAAGGAUACACAGUAUUUCAAUGGCUGGAAUCUGCACUUUUUGCAUGAUAUACUCGUUACUAUGGUAAUUUAAUCAGUUACUAUGGUAAUUUAAUCAGUUACUAUGGUAAUUUAGUUAGUUAAUAUGGUGAUGUACGUCACAGAAGCCCAGACGAGGCACUAAGCAGUGCGGGCGGGGAGCGUUUCAACAGAGUCUUUCCAGAGCGGCCAGCCUGAAAUGUGAUUGUCAGGGACAGACACGGAUGGAUUUUUUUACAACAAAGUUCUAAAGCUGAGUGAUGUAUCAGAUUGUCGGUGGGUUUUUUUUUUACCGUUCGCAUUCAUAUUUCUCUGUUUGUUGUAUUUUUGUUGCAUUUCCAUCCAUCCAUCCAUCCAUUUUCUACCACUUAUUUCGCUUGAUUUUAAAAUAUGUCGAUCGAGAGAGUGUGUGACGUUCAUAAGUUGUCAAUAUUCAGUGUUUUAUCGGUCAUAGUUAGUAAUGUAGACCCGACAUUCUUUAUUUUCAUGUACAUUCUGGGUGUCUCAUUCAGUAAAAAAAAACUUAAAAUUUAAUUCCGUUUUUUAAGGCGAUCUGUCGUAACAUUUUUAGCAUUCAAUCAGACAUUAUUGUGAGGUUUUGUAUUAGUGUUCCUAAAAAUCCGAAACAUUUAUUUCUGUAAAUUUGGCCCCCAGAGUCAAAAUAAUUGCCCUGGUCUGAUGUAGAGGAAUAUUUGCGGACUUCUUUGGCCUACCACUAAGAUGGAGGCCCGCGUACCCACACUUUGAGAAUGACUGUCCCACACUAAUGAAGAGUUUAUCCCAACACUUUUGUCCAUCCUUUUUUUCCACUCUCCUCAUGUUGGUGCAGUCCAAACGCUGGAAGCUGUAGUCACUACUCGUCUACUUCCCAACACAUCCAUUCCCAGAGCUGGGCUACAACUCCCCCUUGUCUCUCUCUAGCUAGAUGGAAUUCAUGUUUUUUUUUGGGGGGGGGGGGUUGGAAGGUGGCCUCCAUAUUAGUCCGUUAUGCUCACAUUUCAAAGACUUUGGAGUGUUGUCAAGGAGUCCCUUAGCAGCUGUUAGGACAAUGGAGGCUCUCACUUGGAGACCUUUGGUUUACAAAAGAGUGAGAGAGUCCAGGUCCUUGCAUUUUGUUGCAGUGAAAAAAAAAAAAACGGCCAGCUGCGUUUUCACCGUCAUGUCUUCUUGCUGUUGAGAUGAAUGCGGUACAGUCCAAUCACAGCCAUGGGAGAGUUCUUUUUAUUUUUUUUAUUUUAUAUUGUUGGUCUUACUUGAAAGCUGCAAAGCUCUGGAGUGAUUUUGGCUCCUUUUAAAUCAAAAGCUUGUUUAGUUUGUGUCUUUGACGCCAUUUUUUUUUUUCAUUUUACUUUCAGGAGGAGUUUAAAAAGUGUAAAUAAGUUUUCCAAAGAAACUUCUGUGAAUAAAUGACCACUUUUCUAGAUAUUUGCACUGAGCAGCUGUGCAAUUUAAUUUAUUUGGCUCAAUUUGCAGAAGGCGAUCACUUUAUGUUUAUUUCACGUGCUCUAAUGUUUGUUUCCUGUCAUCCUUCGGCUCUCUGGUGUCCUGGUGGUGGUCUUUGUUUUGUUUCAGUGGCGCCCCCUGCUGCUGGCCAGACUAGGCUACAAGCUAGAGACAAUACGCACUAGCUGGCCUUUCCUCUCUGAUGUAACUGUACAGGUGCAAAGCUGAGCUCUACUGUAAGAAAUGGUAACAACAAUUUUAAACAAUAAAAAAGACGUAGUUGAAUCCAACAAGCAGGAGCUUACGAAUGUGAUAUAUAUAUAUAUAUAUUUUAUUGAUUGAUUUUUGUCAGGGGGAUGAGUAUAUGUGUACAAAUAUGUUUGUUUUAAUAUUUCAAUCUCAGGUUCCAAUGGACCAAAUAAAAUUUGUUUUUUAACUAA